AUAUGAGAGGUUUCCAUUAAUUCUUCCCUCAAUUCCCAAACAAUGGCUUCGAAAACUUGUGUGUCGUGUCUCCGAACACUACAGAGACAAUCACGUUCAGUAACCCAGACACGGAGAGCACCUCCAGCGUUUCCUUCUUCUAGAACAUUUACGACUACCCCUCCGAGGCAUGUCGAACUUCCUGGGCCCAAUGCGACUGCUGCGACAUCGAUUCCACCCGUCACUCCUGAACGCGCAACUGGAAAUACUACCCAAGCAGAGAAAGAACCUACGAGGCUGAAGGCUGCAAGAGAAUUGAAGAAGCUCGCAGGCGGGGCUACAGAGACAUAUACUGCAUAUGGAGCGACGGAAUUGCUAUAUAAGGAAUGCGCGAAACAAGCGGACUACACAAUCCCACAAGCAAAGACAGGUGAAGAGAUGCCGAAGACAGAAGACGGAGUGGACGUUGGUAUUGGCGAAGGAUGGUGGCAUACAGAAUUGGGUCUGAAGCCAACAUUCAGCACAUGGUCUCAAGUCACCAUGCUACAUAUGUAUCUCCUCUCAGCUCGCUUCCGCUGCUUCCAACCACAUAUCGCUCAGCCAUGGCAGCAACAUCUCCUCGAUCACUUCUUUUACGAUGCAGAGAACAAGAUGACGAUCAAUCAUGGAAUGCACGCACGUGGUACACGAAAUAAAUAUUUGAAGGACCUAUUCAUACAAUGGCGAGGUCUGCUUGCUGCUUAUGACGAGGGCUUGUACAAGGGCGAUGCUGUGCUAGCAGCCGCUAUUUGGCGAAAUGUUUUCAAGGCAGACGAAAAUGUAGAUGUGAGAAGUUUGGCUCAGAUUGUGAGCUACAUGAGGAGAACAUUGAAAGGCCUCGAUCUUGUGCCUGAUGAAUCCAUCAUGCGGGCGAAGUUGGAGUUUGGUAGUCCAGCUGAGGAAGAAAGAUUGGUCAAAUCAAGAAGUCAGAUGAUGGAUUUACCGUUUGAGAACGCGUCUGGGACGGACUUGCCAGGUGGCAAACAGCCUUGAUGGAGAAAGAAGGUAUUUGUUGUAAGAUAUCAGGAAACUUUGUAUAUUGUACAGAGUAUGAGACUACGAAAACGGGAGCUUUAGACACGGAGGUCAGCAAGAGCAUCUCCCAAUCAAAGAAACUCAAUGCUAUAUUUAACAGAGCUCCGUUUCAUUUAAUGAAUGAAGGAUCCUGCUU